CAUUAAAUGUGAACAUAUUUUUAUCUUGAUUAGUUUGUGUUGGAAUUAAAGCGUAAAUAUUAGAAAACGUGACAUUUCUGAGAUUUUACCGUAACAUCAAAUAAAGCUUGUGACUUAAUCUGCGAUUCAUCCUUUGGUAGCGAUGGCUCAGUUCUCGCGAAUUAUAAAUUCUUUAAAUUUUAAAUUAUUAGCUAAAAGAACAUUUGUUUCACUUCCAAAAAACCACUAUAGUGUCUGCAUAUUAUGUAAAAAUAGUUUCAUAAGCAAAACAAGUUGUGUCCUUCCAAAACAUCCAAAAAAUUCUAAUGUCUGCAAUGCAAGAAACUUUCACACAACAAACAACCUUCUUCGGAGAGAUUAUUAUCAAAUACUAGGAGUGAGCAAAAACGCGUCUGCAAAGGACAUCAAAAAAGCUUACUAUCAAUUAGCCAAAAAAUAUCAUCCUGAUACCAAUAAAAACGAUAAUGACUCUUCAAAGAAAUUUCAAGAAGUUUCUGAAGCUUACGAGGUUUUAAGUGAUGAAACAAAACGUAAAGAAUAUGACACAUAUGGACAAACAUCAGAAGAAAUGGGAAGACAAGGUGGAGGCUUCAGGCCGGGUGCUGGAUUUGGUCCUCAAGGUUUCAGUCAGAAUUGGCAAUAUCGAUCAACGAUAGAUCCAGAAGAAUUAUUUAGAAAAAUUUUCGGAGAUGCAAGCUUUCGUUCCGGAAGUUUUGAUGACUUCUCAGAGUCGCAAUACGGCUUUGGUGCAGCACAAGAAGUUGUAAUGAAUCUGACAUUUGCUCAAGCAGCUCGUGGUGUUAAUAAAGAUAUCGAUGUGAACGUAGUUGACACAUGCUUAAAAUGUCAUGGAUCAAGAUGUGAACCAGGAACAAAGCCAGGCAAAUGUCAAUAUUGCAAUGGCACUGGAAUGGAAACGAUUUCGACUGGACCUUUUGUGAUGCGUUCAACGUGUAGAUAUUGCCAAGGAACGAGGAUGUAUAUCAAGUUUCCAUGCAAUGAAUGUGACGGUAAAGGUCAGACAGUUCAAAGAAAGCGAGUGACUGUGCCAGUUCCUGCUGGCAUUGAAGAUGGUCAAACUGUGAGAAUGAAUGUUGGCAACAAAGAACUUUUUAUAACUUUCAAAGUUGAAAAAAGUCGCUACUUUAAACGUGAUGGUGCUGAUGUACAUACAAAUGCAGAGAUUUCACUUUCUCAAGCAGUGCUUGGUGGAACAAUUCGAAUUCAAGGCGUUUAUGAAGAUCAGACAAUACAAAUUAUGCCUGGAACGUCAUCACAUUACACAGUGACAAUGACAGGUAAAGGAUUGAAACGCGUCAACUCAUCAGGCAAUGGUGAUCAUUACAUUCAUUUGAAAAUCGCCAUUCCGAAGAAACUUACAGAGAAACAAAAAUCGCUGAUUCAGGCUUAUGCUGAACUAGAAAAGGACACGCCAGGUCAAAUCUUUGGCAUAACAUUUAAAAGUGAUGGUAAGUCGUCAUCGUCAUCUUCGUCAUCAACUGAUGAGAAUAUUUCUGAAAAGUUCACUCAAAGACCCAAAGAUGAAGACACUUACUAUGAAGAACAUGAUAUUAGAGACACUCGCGAAUACAAAAAUAGUCGGAUAACUCCGAGAUUUUAUUUCUCUUUGGGGUUGGCAUUAGUGUUCUUGGGAUUCUUCUUCUUUGUAACUGAUAAUAAACAGAAUAUCAUUGAUUAUGAGCGAACAAGACAAAGUUAUGCUGAACCACAAGAUCUAACAGAGAUGGUAAGAGAAGCUCUCAAAGAUAAAAAGCCAAUCGCUGAUAAAACAACAGACAAACCAACAAAUGAGUCGGAUGAAGAUAUCAAGAAGCGAAGUAAGAUUUGAAGUGAAAGUCUUUAAACAUUUAAUUCAUUUUACAAACAAUUGAAUGAAUGAAAAUAUAAAUUUAAAUAGUUAUCUAUCUGAUAUUUGUAAUGCAAAGUAUAAUAAUUACUAGAAUUUCUAAUUAUUAAGUUCCAUUUAUGAAAGAAAUAAAAACAAACUUUUAAAUGAAAAUA